UGUUUUAGUUACUUAAUAUAGGUGGGGUUUGAGGAAGCAAGGGAAAGCUAAUGGAUAGAUGAAUAAGGAAAGGUUAUCAUGUGUGGGUUCUCUUUUCUAUCCUUUGGUGGUGACUAAAAAAGGGUCUGCCCAAUAAAUCAAUCACAAGAAGAUAUUCUAUCUUGGGUCUUCUUGGCUAGUCUCCACAACCAUCAGAUUUUCUUAGCUCUCUCCCUUUUUUGGUCUCCUCCUCCUCUAAGCUUUCUGGGUUUUGUUUUGGAUUUUGCCUCUUUGGUAAGUAGAGGCUAAGCUUGAUGAUCUCCUUUUGGACGUUUACUUCGUUAAAGCUAUUUAAUUGAAGUUCAAGAGGGAUCAGAUCACCCGAAGAAAGUACAUGUUUCUAUGUUUAUUGGAUUUUCCAAAUUUUGCUUCCCAGGCUUCUUACCUCCUUUGCUUCUUCCAUUUCUUCUCCCUUCUUCUUCUUCUUCUUCCUCAAGAUAAGAAAAGUUCCAAGUUCUUUCCUUGCCUAUUUGGUGCGGAGAUGGUGAGAGGGAAGACUCAAAUGAGGCGCAUAGAGAACGCCACGAGCAGGCAAGUAACCUUCUCUAAGCGGCGAAAUGGAUUGCUAAAGAAGGCUUUUGAGCUAUCAGUUCUUUGUGAUGCGGAGGUUGCUCUUAUAAUUUUCUCCCCAAGAGGCAAGCUUUAUGAAUUUGCAAGUUCUAGCAUGCAGGAGACAAUAGAACGUUACAACAGGCAUACGAAGGAUACUCGAACCAAGCCAAGUGAACAAAACAUGCAGCUUCUGAAGACUGAAGCAGCAAACAUGGUGAAAAAGAUUGAGCUUCUUGAAGUUUCAAGACGGAAACUACUAGGGGAAGGCUUAGGGUCAUGCACGCUAGAAGAAUUACUGCAGAUUGAACAACAGUUGGAAAGGAGCGUAAGCAGCAUCAGAGCAAGAAAGGCACAAGUUUUCAAGGAACAGAUAGAGCAAUUAAAAGAAAAGGAAAAAGUCCUAGCAGCUGAAAACGCAAGGCUUUGUGAGAAGUGUGGUAUGCAGCCGUGGCAAGGAUCAAAGGAGCAGAAAGAGAAUGUUCCCUGUGAUGAAAGCAGUCCAAGCAUAGACGUGGAAACCGAAUUGUUCAUCGGACCACCUGAAAGGAGAACAAAAUGCUUCCUGCUAUAGAACUGAUUGAUGACAACUUAUCCCAUCCCUCGCACAUAUGAAUACAAGGCAAAAGUUCACAUAUUACGCUUCUUAGUUUUGAAUAAAAUGCAUACCAGCAAUGGUGUGGUAAGUGUAAAAAUGUUCGUUGCAGAAACUGCCAUAAGCAUGACCAAGGGCUCGCUGUGUAAAACAUAGUAUCUUGGAGCAUGGUACAUGUCAUUGAAAUGCUUCAAUAUUUUAUUAACUUGUUUUUUAGAGGAUCAAUCCUGCUGCUUCAGGAUAUAUUGAUUGUCAUUUAGCAUAUCUGAAGGGAAAAGAAACUUCUGCCAUUAAAUCAA